GUUUUGAGAAAUUUGUCGGAACGUCGAAGAAUAAACCAGAAGGGUUUAGAAUUCUUCUGGUGGAAGAGAGAAAGUAAUCAGCUGAGACUUUGCGACGGAGUAGGUUUGGUCUUUCUUCGCCACGUACGAACCCUAAAUCCUCUUUUACUCAUUUUCCUCCAUCUUCGAGCUCCCCAAAAACCUCUGCUUUUGUCGAACCUUUCAAAAAGUUUAAUUUUGAAUUGCUUCGAGGUUUAAAGCUUAUACCUUUGGACGGCGCCAAAAACAUGGUCUUCCAUAGGCUAUCAAGAUUAGGUUCUCGCAUUGUUAAAGAGCUCCCAAGAGAGAGACAUUUGUCAAUGUGUGGAAAGAGGAUUCUUCAAAGGUCUUAUGGCCAGUAUCUUCAAUCUUCGCCAAUGCUGCAAAGGCAAACUAGGAGUUUUAAGGAAGCAUUAUUCUCGAAUAAUCAUAAGUUUUGUACAUCUUUCAGCACUACCUCUGAGAAAGGUGGCGAAAAAACAGAAAAGAUAAACGUUACCUUUGUUGAUAAAGAUGGAGAGGAAAUUCAUAUCAAGGUUCCAGUAGGAAUGAACAUCCUUGAAGCUGCUCAUGAAAAUGAUAUAGAACUCGAAGGGGCAUGUGAAGGUUCUCUAGCGUGUUCAACCUGCCAUGUGAUUGUUAUGGACACCAAAUACUACAACAAACUCGAAGAACCAACAGAUGAAGAGAAUGAUAUGCUAGAUCUCGCUUUCGGGUUAACAGCAACGUCGCGAUUGGGAUGUCAAGUCAUCGCAAAACCAGAGCUAGAUGGAGUACGCCUAGCCAUUCCUUCAGCUACUAGAAAUUUUGCGGUUGAUGGGUUUGUUCCAAAACCUCACUAGUCACUUAAUAGUCUCAGAGCAAAUGAUUUUUCGAAAAAAAACCCAUUACAUAAAAAUUACCCUUACGGAGAGUCAUACAAAUGUAAUUCAGACGGUGAGAUUUCAACUCAGCUUUUUUUUGCAGCAUUGUUUUAUUGUGUCUUGAGUUUAAUAUAUAUUUCAUGAAAAAGCUAUAAAACCAUGUUGUAUUCUAGAUAGUUAAAAGAUUUGCCUGACUUGGUUCUGAUCAGAAAUUUGAAAUCGCUUUAGUCAGUGUUUUCGUUC